UCUAACGGAAUGUGAAGGCAUGCUACCACAUAUCAAUUGUGAGGGAUAAGCUAGCUGUCUAGUGUAGGGUCUGUCUAGUUGCUACCUGGUCGAGAAUCAAGAUGAAUAUAUUUUCUCUUGAUGUGCUCGUUGAGUAUUUUUUUAAAAACCCAUCCAUAGUGGUAUGGCUGUUUCUUAUAUAUGUCUUCAUAUAUAUUUUAUCGGUGAUGUUUGGCGGUGCCAAACCAGGAAGAAAUCCCCUCGCUUCAGAUGUCCGUCGACGACGGGAGCCGCUUAUGCUGGACCACAAGGCAAGAGACGCAGUCCUCAAACAGAGAUUUAAGACGACCAAAGUUCCGGAGAAGUUAGACGCAGUGAUCAUCGGCAGCGGUGUUGGCGGGUUGUCUGCGGCGGUGCUGUUGGUGAAGGCGGGGAAGCGGGUGUUGGUGCUGGAGCAGCAUGACCAGGCUGGGGGAUGCUGUCACACGUUCAGGGAGAAGGGGUUCGAGUUCGAUACAGGUAUCCAUUAUGUGGGGGACAUGGACGGGCACAGCAUGUUCUCCACCAUCGUUGACCAGCUGACUGAGGGACAGCUGUUGUGGGUGCCGCUGGACGAUGAAUUUGAUGUGGUGGCGCUAGGUCCGCCCGGGAAGCAAAAGACGUACCCCAUGAAGACGGGACGUGAGCAGUACUACAACAACCUACAUGCUCUGUUCCCUGAAGAGAAGGAAGCCAUUAACAAGUACCGGGCUGCCGUUAAGGCAGCACAGAAAGGGAAUGCCGGGCCAGUAGUUCUGAAGAUGCUGCCAAAGUGGCUUGCACGGUUACUAGUGGCAACAGGACUAUUCAACUUGUUCUUCGGUGGCUUCUUCAAGUAUGCGAGCCGAUCCCUGAAGAGCGUCCUUGAUGGUAUAACGUCGAACAAGGAGCUGCAGGCCGUCCUGUCCUAUAUCCUCGGAGACUACGGACUUGUGCCGAGUGAGGCCCCCUUUGCUAUGCACGCCAUGCUUGUGGACCAUUAUCGCAAAGGGGCGUACUACCCCGAGGGCGGCACCAGUGAGAUCUCUCUUCACAUGGUCCGAGCUAUUGAGAGGUAUGGCAGCAAGGUUCUGGUCAACGCUCCGGUCACUAACAUCCUCUUCAAUGACAAAGGCAGAGCUAUUGGUGUUCGUGUCAAGAGCAGUGCAUCGGGAGACGUGGACAUAUAUGCCAGACAGGUGAUCUCUGACGCUGGAGCACGCAACACGUUCAAGACGCUGAUCCCUAAAGAGAUUGCAGAGAAAUCCUGUUUCUAUAACAUGGUGGACCAGCUUGGGCCAGGAGUGUCCUGUAUCACAACCUUCUGUGGCCUGUCAGGCAGCCCCUCCGACCUAAAGAUGAAGGCCAGCAACUACUGGGCGUACACAAGCACUGACAUAGACGGCUCAAUCAAAGACUUCGUGAAUCAGAGUGUUGAAGAUGCUGUAAAUUCUGAAGUGCCCCUCAUCUACAUCUCCUUCCCAGCAGCUAAAGACCCCUCGUGGGAUACACGGUUUCCAGGUAAGAGUGUGGUGCUGCUGAUCACCAUCGCCAAGUGGGAGUGGUUCUCCGAGUGGAAGGAUGAGCGUUUGCGUCACCGCGGCGAGCGAUACGAGGACUUGAAGAUGACCAUUGGACGAAAGAUGUGGGAGCAGACUGUCUCCCUCUUCCCACAGCUGGAUGGCCAGCUAGAGUACAUGGAGGUGGGAACCCCAGUGAGCAACCUGCACUACCUCGGAGCUCCCCUUGGGGAGAUGUACGGCAUGGAUCACAGGAGUGAGCGCCUCUCUGCAGACACGUCAAUCAACAUGCGGCCAGCCACGGGAAUACCAGGCCUCUAUAUGACAGGCCAAGAUGUGUACAUGUGCGGCUUCGUCAGUGCCGUCCUCGGGGGAAUGUUGUGCGCAGGCACCAUCCUCAACCGCAACCUCAUCAACGAUGUGGAGCGUCUUCGCAAGACACUCAACAAGCAGCCGCAGAAGAAAGUGAAUUAGAUCAUGAACAAUGUUUCAUGUCAAAGUGAGUUUCCUGUGAUUUUAUCCAUUGUGAAAGAACUCUACGUCAUGGUCCCAAAGACAGCUAUGGUAUUGCUGAUGUCACAAACAUCGCUUGUGUUGGGGAUAACAUAAUAAUUCUACUCAAUGACUUGCCCAAUGAAUUAUACCUGAUGACCAAACCCUUGUCAAGUUUUAUACAGACUUGAUUAAAGUUGACUAUUUAUACCUCAUUUUGUAACAUUAAUCUAACAAUAAAUGUGCAUUAGGAUUUACAAUUUCAUCUUUACAAAUAUAAUUUUGCUAGCAGUAUGUAACACUAAACAGACAUUGCUGGGUGAAAAUUUGCAUAUAAAAUUGUUGAUUGGAUGUACAAUGUUAUAAGUAAAGACUGUUAUAACUUCAAUUGUUUUUUGUGGCUUUUGCUUCUUUCAUUUAACUUUUUCUGAAAUAUUUCUCACAAUUUUACAAUGGAUUCUCCUGAAGAUUUAACUGAAUUGAACUACCUUAAGAGUUUCAAGUAAUAGAAGGACCAUCUGAAUUCUGGAGUUUUAUUGAAACAAAGUGUGCCGACUGGUUUCCAACCACUCAUGAUAACUACAAGUGUUGAGUCCUGUAUCCGGUAGCAAUAAGUAGGUUGUACUGUAUACUGGGAGGAACCCAGGAGGAGUUGUGUCCCUUGUUCCAACACCAGGAGAUGAUGUCCGCAGGGUUCACGAUGCUGGGCUGAUCAGUAGUUGAUAUAUUCAGCAUCACAUUCCAUCUGUACAAUUUCCAAGAACAUACAUUGUACCAGUAUCUUCAAAAGGGUGGCACAUUUCCCCCACAUUUAGUUUUAGAGUUUGCCCCCUUAGGUCUGCCAGGAUAUUUUUGUGGCUGCUUUCAGUCCUUUAGUUCUGUGAAAAUUGGUUUCUCAGCAACUAGUGCUUGUGGUUUUACUGAAGGGGAAAGUCUAGCACCUCCAUCACUGCCGCUCCGUCCAUGACCAGCGCACCGAAAAUUCUCUUGAAAGCCGGUUCUACCCAGACCCUUCAUAUUUCCUCUUUUUCUCAGUUGUAUGUGAGUCCUACUUUAUCCUGAUUAAAUUUUAGAAAAUUUCAGUGCCAAAGUCCAGAACAAAAUGUUUGACAAUGUUGGUGCCAUUUUGUAGCUGUCAUUUGUAUUGCUCCCUGUGUGAUUGUGAGAUGCAGCAUCCGCUAUUUAAUACAUGAUACAUGAUACAUGAUGUACCAAGCCUUUCCAGUACCCUGAACAUUGUGAUCCGUGACAGUCCAACAACAAGUCCGUCUGUAGUGCCAAACAUACUGUAGUGGCAGUGCCGCCAUCGCCUCUGAUGGUGCAGCAGUCGUGUUGGACAUGUACACGUAGAUGGAAUGUCACAUUAUUUAUGUUUGCUUAUUUCAUGUUGUCUUUGUUUCCAGUGAUUUAAAUCAUGUUAAUCACCAGUUCACCUUUUUAUUUUAAUAAACUAAGUACUCAGUG